AUGCCACGUCGGCUCAACUGGCAGCAACAGAACGAGAUCUAUGGGAUCCCUAAUGGGGCCAACUUCUUCAAGACAGCCCUCGACCGACUGCAGCUCGACGAAGUUGCAUUGUUAUCGUAUCGCCGUGAUAACUACGAAGUUUAUCACUGUGGUGAUCACCUCGCCUGCGAAAAGAAGUGGAAGCUGGUGAAUAAUG